GGUUGGGAGGGGAAGUUGGGGGAGGAGGCGGAAGAGGAGCUGUCGGAGGGGGGAGGAGGGAGGGAGGAAAAAGAGGAGGAGGCGGAGGAGAACUGAGCUGAGCAGAGCAUCGAGCCAAAGGGGAGAUGAGUUUGUCUGUCCUCGGCUGAGGCUCCGGCCGGGCCUAGGGAAGUGGGAGCACGGGUUGGAGCGACACCCGUGGAAGUGGGAGGAGGUGGCUCUGGGACUUUAACCCCUUGUGGGCUCUGCGGCAGGGGAUUUAACCCUUUGUGGAUCCGGCCCCUCGGAGUCAGCGUCAUCGGGUAGUUUUAACCCCUUCGGGGCUGGGUUUAACCCGUUGGAUUUAACCUAAUCUCCUUGCCCACCAACUCCUUGAUCGCGGGGGCGCUCUGCGGGGAGGCUUGAGGCCCACCCCUCUGCACAAUACCUACUGUUCCUGCUGCUGCACCCCCCUUGGACCCGCUAGCUGGCCGCGCUGUGGGCCCUUAACCCUUUACUGACUUGAGCGCCCCCAAAUUGCAGUUGGAGUUUGCUGACAGAAGGAUUGGCUGAAGGCAUCACUGCAGGAAUUACAGACCGAAGAGGACUGUGUUGGACAUUUUUGAAAGAAAAGAAAACCCUUUUUUCCUUAAGGACUUACAGCCAAAAUUCUUCAGACUCCGAGAAGAGGAUUCUAUUAGCAAUGGCCGAGCCACUCUUGUCAGAGUAUCAGCACCAGCCUCAAACUAGCAACUGUACAGGUGCUGCUGCUGUCCAUGAAGAGCCGAACUCUGAUCGCCCCCCAGGCGCGGAGGAGCGGGUGCCCGAGGAGGACAGUAGGUGGCAAUCGAGAGCGUCCCCCCAGUCGGGUGGCUCUCCGGGGCAGGGCGGGGAAGGGAGCCUGGAGCUCCAGCCGCCUCCCGUGCAGACCCAGGUCUGCCCAGAAUCCAGCUGUCCGGAAGCGGGUGAGAACGGCCAGAAUGGGGACGACUUGUCCGCUGGCGGUGCCCCCCAGCCGGCGGCGGGAGCGGAACAGAGGCCUAAGGCCAACAAGUUGGGGGCUUCUGCCGCAGGGGGCGAGGAGGCGUGGGGACAGCAGCAGAGACAGCUGGGCAAGAAAAAACAUAGGAGACGCCCCUCCAAGAAGAAGAGGCAUUGGAAACCGUACUACACGCUGACCUGGGAGGAGAAGAAAAAGUUCGAUGAGAAACAGAGCCUGCGAGCUUCGAGGAUUCGAGCCGAGAUGUUCGCCAAGGGCCAACCAGUGGCUCCCUAUAACACCACGCAGUUCCUCAUGGAUGAUCACGACCAGGAGGAGCCGGAUCUUAAAACCGGCCUCUAUCCCAAACGGGCCGCUGCCAAAUCUGACGACACCAGCGAUGAGGACUUUAUGGAAGAAGCGGGCGAGGAGGAUGGGGGCAGCGACGGGAUGGGAGGAGACGGCAGCGAGUUUCUGCAGCGGGACUUCUCGGAGACCUACGAGCGGUACCACGCGGAGAGCCUGCAGAACAUGAGCAAGCAGGAGCUCAUCAAAGAGUACCUGGAGCUGGAGAAGUGCCUCUCGCGCAUGGAGGACGAGAAUAACCGGCUGCGGCUGGAAAGCAAGCGGCUGGGCGGCGACGACGCGCGUGUCCGGGAGCUGGAGCUGGAGCUAGACCGGCUGCGCGCCGAGAACCUCCAGCUGCUGACGGAGAACGAACUGCACCGGCAGCAGGAGCGAGCACCGCUGUCCAAGUUUGGAGACUAGACUGAAACUUUUGGGGGGGAGGGGGGCAAAGGGGACUUUUUACAGUGACGGAAUGUAACAUUAUAUACAUGUGUAUAUAAAACAGUGGACCUUUUUAUGACACAUAAUCAGAAAAGAAAUCCCCCCUGGCUUUGGUUGGUUUGGUAAAUUUAGCUAUGAUGUAGCUUGUGUGCUUUCUCCUGUUCUUUAAUUAUGUGAAACUGAAGGGUUGCUUUUCUUGUUUUCCUUUUUAGGAGUUUUUUUCUUUUUUAAUGUGUAAUUUGACCAAUUUAUAAAGCAUUUUUCUGUUAAAAAUCCCCUCCUUAAAUGGAGCUAUAAGGUGGCCAAAUCUGAGAACCAUUAAAUUCAUUCUAGUUAUAAUAAAUUUAAUAUUUGUAAAUGUAA